AUGUCCAAAAUCUAUGCGCAAGAAUUGACCUUCCUUGAUGGUCAUGUUAAGGAGUCGUGGGAAGGAAAUGGUAUCAAAGAGUCUGUUGAACAAUUUUACGCGAACAUAGAUGAUAAAAAGAUCCAAGAUGUAAUCAGCCAGAUCCACGACUAUUCAAAUGCUACCUUCACUUAUUUAUCACACACUUUCCAGGGAACCGCUAUUGGCGAAGGUAUAGAAGGCGACAUGGUUACGCUGGGAAACACCUACAAGACGGAAAUCCACGCAGUUAAAUGCUCGGAGAUCUCGAGUAGCAAAGAGGUAGAUGUUGAAGUGCGAGGCAAAGUUUCUAAAAAUGGUGAAGAAGCAACUGAACUCAAGGCGUUUCUCACUUUUGUGAAAACCGACCAAGGCAACAAACUCGUCAAAUACAACAGAGAGGUCUGA